UGACCCGUGCUGUUCCCGUGACAAAAAAUAUUUGAAUGUUUUUGUGUUUGUGAGAAAAGUUUGUGUUUUCAAUGAAGAGUUCUAGUUGUGACUUUGUGUUGCUGUUACUUAUAAGCCUUUUGUACUUUAGUGACAAGUUUCUAGCCUCCGCUUCUCGUCCUAUCGAGAUGAUGUCCUCGCUGGUGAAGCCGGGAGUCUUCCGGCACCUCAUGUGCCGCAACAACAUGUAUCCUCGCAGCAGUGUCCUCCGAUUCCCAGUGUCCGAUGAUCAAGUAUUUUGGUCAGAACCGUAUCCGGAUUACUGUCCAAUUGAUUAUACCUCGCCGCAUAUUGGUGGACAAGUGUGGGCGGAUCCGCCAUUGCCCAGUGACACCUUUAAACCGCAGUGGAAUAAGCUGGACGGCCAGGUGAACCGGGUGUCCUUCCACGGCAAUUAUGAGAUUAAAAACGGCCUGCCUCUCAACCCCAUUGGACGCACUGGAUUGAGUGGAAGGGGCUCGUUGGGCAGAUGGGGUCCCAACCAUGCUGCGGAUCCCAUUGUGACGCGCUGGAAAAGGGAUAGCAACGGAGACAUUGUCAGAAACUCAACCACCGGGAAAAACAUCCUCCAGAUGGUUGCCAUUCAGCGAUCGGAUAACAAGUUAUGGGCCAUUCCCGGAGGUAUGGUCGAUCCUGGGGAGAACGUGAGCGUGACUCUCAAGCGCGAGUUCACCGAGGAGGCCUUGAACUUCACGGACAAGUCCAACAUGGUGGAGCAGUUCUUCCGCGAAGGUGUCCACGUCUACAGCGGAUAUGUGGAUGACUUCCGUAAUACGGACAAUUCCUGGAUGGAGACCACUGCUCUGAACUUUCACGACGACGAUGGGAGUCAGGUGGGGAAGCUGGAACUGGUUGCUGGGGAUGAUGCUACCAAUGUGCGCUGGACCGAUGUGGACUCUAAUCUUAAACUGCACGCCAAUCAUGCGGACAUAGUCAAGGAAGUGGUCGUCAAAAGGAAUGCACAUUGGUAGAAGAUAAACUUAAUUUUUUAGAAUUUAAAGCAUACUUUUCAAUAAAUAUUUUAUGAUAAUCUUGUUUAGA